ACAUGUGCAUACCUGGUUUUUGUCACACAUCAGCUGAAGGUCGAACUGGGGUAUAAAAGGAGAGAAGCAUUUGCUCCUUGCAACAACAUUCUGACACACUGCAGAUAUGUUCAGGUUUCUGGUUUUGACGAGUCUCGCAGCCAUGGUGCUGGCUGAGCUGGAGUCUCAGCCCAGGUACAUGGAGGACAUCUUUCAAAGGGUUGUGGGAGGUGAAGUGGCCAGCCCCAACUCCUGGCCCUGGCAGAUCUCUCUUCAGUACCAGUCUGGCAGCAGCUAUCGCCACACGUGUGGAGGAACCCUGAUUGAGAAAGGCUGGGUAAUGACUGCUGCUCACUGUGUGGACAGCAACAGGGUGUGGCGUGUCGUUCUGGGUGAGCAUGACCUCUACAGCAACAGUGGCACAGAGCAGAUCCUGGAAGUCAGCAAUGUUUACAUCCACCCUGGAUGGGACUCUGGCAGAGUGUCUAACGGAUAUGACGUUGCCUUGCUGCGUCUGUCCUCUGAUGCCACCCUAAACUCACGUGUCCAGCUGGGCUCUCUGCCUCCCUCUGGUCAGAUUCUGCCCCACCACAAUCUCUGCUACGUCACUGGAUGGGGAGUCACAUCCACUGGUGGUAGCCUGUCCGCCGAACUCAAGCAGGCCUACCUUCCACUCAUUGACCACAACACCUGCUCCAGCCCUUCCUGGUGGGGCAGCACUGUCAAAACUACCAUGGUGUGUGCCGGUGGUGCCGCUGAGUCUGGAUGCAAUGGUGACUCUGGUGGCCCCCUAAACUGUCUGGUUGAUGGAAAAUACUACGUCCAUGGUAUUGCCAGCUUUGUAUCUGGUAUGGGAUGUAACUAUCCCAAGAAGCCCACCGUCUUCACCCGUGUGUCUGCCUACAUUGAUUGGAUGGACUCGAUCAUGAGUUAAACAGAAGUAUCACUCGUGGUGCAACAGAGAAAAACAGAAACAACUUUCCAUCAUGUUUUCAUCUACAUUGCUUCACUUGCAUGGUCUCAUUAUACAAAAAUAAACUUUAAUUAAAUUUU